GGAGCAGUUGGCCAGGCUCAAGCUCUAGUAGGGAAGGGUGUUCGGCCUGCCUUAUACCUGCUGAUAGCACUCUAGUUUUUGUCUUCCAUCUGUAUUAUUCAUGGAUUGAAGCAACCAAAAUGGCUGAAGAGACAAAGCAUGGAGGACACAAAAACGGGAGGAAAGGAGGACUUUCUGGAAGUUCAUUUUUCACGUGGUUUAUGGUCAUUGCAUUGCUGGGCGUCUGGACUUCAGUAGCUGUCGUCUGGUUUGAUCUUGUUGAUUAUGAGGAAGUUUUAGGAAAACUAGGAGUCUAUGAUGCCGAUGGUGAUGGAGAUUUUGAUGUGGAAGAUGCCAAAGUUUUACUAGGCCUUAAAGAAAGAUCUGCUUCAAAGCCAACAGUCUCACCGGAAGAAGCUGAGCCAUACCCGUGGCUGGAGGAUCAGGUUCCCGAGGACUCAGGACCUCGGAAUGUUGAAGAUGAAGUAGAAGAACAAAUUCAGCCCCUUCUCCAUGAGUCAGUCUACACAGAACAUGGAGACGAUGAUGUGCAACAAGAAGAGGCUGAACAAGCAAGAGAACCACAACUGGAAGAUGAUGAUUUCCUUGUAGGAAGUGAUGCUGAUGAUAGAUUUGAGCCCUUGGAGACCAGAACAUUUCACGAAGAAACUGAAGAUAGUUACCCUGUAGAAGAGACAGCUUCACAGGUUUAUAAUCCGGAUAUGGAAGAGAUGAUGUAUGAGCAGGACAAUCCAGAUUCCAUGGAGCCAGUUGUGGGUGAUGAUGAAAGAAGGUACCAUGAAGCAGAUGACCUUACAUACCAAGACUAUGAUGAGCCAGUAUACGAACCAUCGGAAAAUGAAGGUCUAGAAAGUUCAGAUAAUGCUGUAGAAGAUUCAAACACAAUUUUAGAAGAAGCACACAUGCCCCCUGCUGAAGAACAACAGGAAGUACCACUAGAAACAAAUAGAAAAACAGACGAUCCAGAAAUAAAAGAAAAAGUUAAGAAAAAGAAGCCUAAACUAUUAAAUAAAUUUGAUAAGACUAUUAAAGCUGAACUUGAUGCUGCAGAAAAACUUCGUAAAAGGGGAAAAAUUGAAGAAGCAUUGAGUGCAUUCCAAGAACUAGUGCGCAAAUACCCUCAGAGUCCACGGGCAAGAUACGGAAAGGCACAGUGUGAAGACGAUCUGGCUGAGAAAAGAAGGAGCAACGAGGUGCUGCGUGGGGCCAUCGAAACCUACCAGGAGGUGGCCAGCCUGCCUGAUGUCCCCACAGACUUGCUGAAGCUGACCUUGAAGCGGCGCUCAGACAGACAGCAGUUUCUGGGUCACAUGAGAGGCUCUCUGAUUACCCUACAGAAGUUAGUUCAGCUGUUUCCUGAUGAUAUGUCUUUAAAGAACGACCUUGGAGUGGGGUAUCUCUUGAUAGGGGAUAAUCACAACGCUCAGAAGGUCUACGAAGAGGUUCUGAAUGUGACACCAAACGACGGCUUUGCUAAAGUACAUUAUGGCUUUAUCCUGAAGGCGCAGAACAAAAUUGCUGAGAGCAUUCCCUAUUUAAAGGAGGGAAUAGAAUCUGGAGAUCCCGGCACUGAUGAUGGAAGGUUUUACUUCCACCUGGGGGAUGCCAUGCAGCGGGUUGGGAACAAAGAGGCAUAUAAGUGGUACGAGCUUGGGCACAAGAGGGGCCAUUUUGCAUCUGUAUGGCAGCGCUCUCUCUACAACGUGCAUGGACUGAAAGCCCAGCCCUGGUGGACCCCGAAAGAAACAGGCUACACAGAAUUAGUGAAGUCCUUAGAAAGAAACUGGAAAUUAAUCCGUGAUGAAGGCCUUGCAGUGAUGGAUAAAGCCAAGGGCCUCUUCCUGCCUGAAGAUGAAAACCUGAGGGAGAAGGGCGACUGGAGCCAGUUUACGCUGUGGCAGCAAGGAAGAAAAAAUGAAAAUGCCUGUAAAGGAGCUCCUAAAACCUGUUCGUUACUAGAUAAAUUUCCCGAGACGACAGGAUGCCGAAGAGGACAGAUCAAAUACUCGGUCAUGCACCCCGGAACGCACGUGUGGCCGCACACGGGGCCCACCAACUGCAGGCUCCGAAUGCACUUGGGCUUGGUCAUUCCCAAGAAAGGCUGCAAGAUCCGCUGCGCCAACGAGACCAGGACAUGGGAAGAAGGCAAGGUGCUCAUCUUUGAUGACUCUUUCGAGCACGAGGUGUGGCAGGACGCCGCGUCUUUCCGACUGAUCUUCAUCGUGGAUGUGUGGCACCCAGAGCUGACACCCCAGCAGAGACACAGCCUUCCUGCGAUUUAGCAUGUCGUGCAGGCUUGGGACACACUGGAGAGAAGCUGCCUGCUGGCUCUCUCUCCUUGGGUGUGGGGACAGAGGUUCUAAAUUUGACGGCCCAUCAUUCUCUUGAUGGGCAGCUCUCCCAAUUCUAAGGCUCCUCCUAGGGUUAGAAGACACUAAAUGGAAUAUUUUGCCUUGCUGCAGUUCACGUUGAAAGCCCCCCGCUGUCCUUCAUCCCUCGACAGCACCCAUCAUCUGAUGCCGUAUUUGCGGUGAAGACGUGAGAGCUUCUGCCUUGUCAGCCAAAGAUAUUUUUCCCCCUUUGAAGAGGCCUCAGUCAGUGUACAAUGAGAAUUCGUGUAGAAACUGUGAAUGGAUCACUUCAGUUUGUAAUUUUUCUAUGCAAUUAUAUUUUUCUAGGGCAUCUAGGCCAUGUUUUUCAUCAUGUACCACUACUUUUUUGUUGAGUUUAAUAAUAAGCUGUGUAAAUGCUUUACUUCUAGCUGGCUUAAUGGUGACUUCCCCCUUGAACUCAGAAUUCCCUCUUUUAAUUCUGUUUAGUAAAAGACACUCAUAAAGAAGCAAUUUUAUUUUCCUAAUACAAAGGGGAAAGAUGUAAUUACACUGAUGUCUGUUACCUGUACUGCUUCCCACCCACUGAGUCUGUUUGCUUUCUUACCUUCAUUGAGAGCCAUUGUCUUAAUGUCUCUCCUAGCCAUGCAAAUGGUGGAGAUGCUGUCUUUCUAAGAGGAGCUUUUCACACUGAAACAGGACACAGAGUCAUUUUAUAUUGAGUCACAAAAAGUGUCACCAGUAAAUUUUUUUAAUGCCAAGAAUUAGAACUGAAAAAAAAAAAAGUAACAUUACUGAAAGUAAAAAUUUUCUCUCGGGAUGAGGCAGACAGGCAGCUGCCAGGACAUCUGGCUCCUUGGGCUCUUUGGCAUCUGAGACAGGCCCCGAAUCCAGAGUCUCUUUGCCUGUUGUAAAUCCCUGUACAUGGAUUCCCAUCACAGUUUUAUAAAAAUACGAAGGAUGGCAGAGCGGAAGCCCAAGAAUGCCAGUAUCUUGGUCCUGGGUUCAGGAUCACCACCUUCUCUGAAAGAGUUCGAAAGACUUUUCUCUUUCCCUGGCUUGAGAAACUUCUGCCGUUUAAGUAGAGCUUAGAAGUAGCAGUUGUUAUCCACAGGUUAGCUCUAAUCUUACCCACAGCAUAGAAACAACUGUGGAAAAAUGGUCUUGCCUACUUAUUCCAAAGAUGAUCAAAUUAUUAAUUUAGAAGGACAUUAAUGUAUUAAAUAUUUCAUGUUUCCAAUCAAACCAGACAUGUUACAUAUACGAAUGUAGGGAUGCUCGUGCACCUGAAUUUUAAGCCAAUAUGAACAAAAAUGCUGAAGAAAUGACAAGUUAUCAGAUUUCAUUCAUCGGUAGAAAAAACACUUGUGCUUCCUUUCCAUCUACGGACAAGGAGGAUAAUUUAUCUCUUUUAAAAAGAGUUCUUUACCACUGAAAUGUACUCUUUUUGCUUGACAUUAGCUUCCAGGUAGAAAGGUUUGCAAAAUAUUUGUCCUGUUCCCUUCUGUUUUGCCAAAAACAGUCCCACUCAAAUAGAUGAAGAAGCAUGUGAGGAAAGUCUUCAAAUUAAUGACCACAGUCCAAAAGAAAAACCAAGCUCUUGAAAAAUCAAAAGGAGUUUUGUCCUUCAGUAUUUAUUGAACAGAAGAAAGACUGACAAAGGACAAUACAAUCCAAUGCUCAUGUAAUAACAUUCAUGUCAGUUCUUGAAUUUGGUUCUCGGAUGUAUAUUGCAUACACAUAAAGAAAUUUAAAGUAUAAGUUGUCAGUGUUAAACCAUCAUCUUACAUUCAUUUAAUGAAGUCAUGGCAUAGAGUAAAAACUAGCUCUUAACUUAAUAACUAUAAUAUGGUAUUUAAAAUCAGGUCACUACAGUAGGAUUCUCUAUAUUGCCAAUUGAAAAGCCAAAAUUAUUACUGUUGCAAAGUGUUGGCAAUAAUCGAUUCCGGUAGCAUUUUAAAUACUUGGAUCCCACAACUGUUUUAUAAACCCGGUCAUAACAUAGAUUUUCUAAUUCACUUUAAUUCUUUAUCUUUCUUCCCUAUGGAAUUCUGUGUGGAAUAUAAGAAAAGUGUUUCAGUCACUGCAUGGGUAGAGUUAUCUCAGUGUUACUGUUUUGUUAUUUGAAAUGUCUACACAAAACGAAUGGGUUUUAUGUAUACCAUGAUCCAGUUGGUCAAGAAAUAUUUAUAAUUCUAUUUCAAUUUUAUUUCAAGGGUAGAAUACAAAAAUUACAUCUCUUAUUCUCCUCUGCCAGUAGAAAACAAAUUGAAACACUAGAUUCAUUGAGAAAGAGAUGUACUAAAUGGUAAAGAUUAGUAAUAAUAAUAUCUACCUAGGUUGAUUAUGGCCAGUUGAAUCACCUCUUUUCUUUGAAUUUUUAGUUAAUUCUCCCAAGUCCUUAAAACAUAAAAUCAUAUUUUUCUGCCCAACUAAAAUAUCUUUUAUUUGAUACUGAGCACCAACUGGUCAUGCUGACUAAUGCUCAUGUCAUGUGGAUGGCUGGGAAGAUACGAGAUGCCUUAAACACAAACGGGUUUUGGGAAACGUGGCGCGAGUAAGGAUAUCCUAUCCUGUGUUACCUGUUUAUCUCUAUUUAAUUUCCUUUGAAUGGAUAGUUGGGGACUCCCAUUUCUAAGGAGAAUAGACAAAGAAAUAAAAUGAUCUUUGGCAUUUUA